AUGGCGACGCGCGGUCCGCGGGGCCUCUGCCCGGCGCGGUCCGAGCCGCCGCUGACCAGCCCCUUGGAGGAGCAGCUAGAAGAGGUGGAGGCUGAGCCUGCUUUGGUUGCCCUCGGCCUUUCGGCCGUCAGCCUAGUGCGUCUGCGCGGCCCGAGCCAGCAGGGGGCUGGGAGGCGGGGCAGGUUGUGCUCCCGGGCAGUCAAGGUGAUCACAGAGUCACAUCGCCAGAAUGACAAGAAAGGUGAAAAGUCUAAAUCAUCAAGAGUGUGGAUUUUGUUGCCUAUCAGACAGACUGUCUACUGCAGUCCACUCUUGGGUUUCCGCGGAGCUCGCCCGUUAGUAGCCAUGGCUACCAGUUCUGGAGCUGCAGGGGAGGAAGUGCCUCAAUUUGAAACUACAUGUAGUUACGUGGAAGCUACACUUGAAGAGUUUCUUAACUGGAAUGAUGACCAGUCUAGUGGUUCUGGACCAUUUGGAGAUUAUGAUCAUUCCCAAUUCUGGGCUUAUGCUGACUAUAAAUAUUUUGUCAACCUGUUUGAAAACAAGACAGAUGUUUUCCAGGAUGUGGUAUGGUCUGACUUUGGAUUUCCUGGAAGAAAUGGACGAGAAAGUACAUUGUGGAUUGGUUCCCUGGGGGCCCAUACCCCCUGUCAUAUGGACUCCUAUGGUUGCAAUUUGGUAUUCCAGGUACAAGGAAGGAAAAGAUGGCAACUCUUUCCUCCUGAAGAUACUCCUUUCCUUUAUCCAACAAGAAUCCCUUAUGAAGAAUCCAGUGUGUUCAGUAAGAUCAGUGUUGUCAAUCCUGAUUUAAAACGUUAUCCUCAGUUCCGGAAAGCUCACAGACAUAUGGUUACACUGAACCCAGGACAGGUUCUGUUUGUUCCCAGACACUGGUGGCAUUACGUAGAAUCCAUUGAUCCUGUCACUGUCAGUAUAAACUCAUGGAUUGAACUGGAAGAGGAUCACCAAGCCCGGGUAGAAGAGGCAAUCACACGCAUGCUUGUAUGCGCCCUGAAAACCGCAGAGGAUCCAGACAAUACCAAAGCUUGGUUAAACCCAACUGAGGUUGAGGAGAUAUCCCAUGAAAUCAAUUGUCGGUACUUAAAUGGAGCUGUUGGGGCCCUUUUUGAUCAUUACAGAACAUCUAAGGAAGUUGAAAUUCAAGCAGUGGGAACAAAUGAAGAGCACACGAUAAAGAAAAAAUUCACUGUGCACGACCAUGAGGAAGUGAACUAUCCACGUUGUCAGAACUUAACUGUGGGAACUGGAAAACCAAAGACAGCAAGUGUGUUUGGCCCCAACCUGCUUCCUGUAAUGCCAAGUUCCAAAGACCCAUCCACAGAUAUAGGAGGUAUUUUUGAAGGUGACAGUAAAGACUUUGUCACCAAAGAUGAUGAAUGCUUUGGAAAAUUACAUUGUAUAAAGAGGCCACGAAUGAUGUAUAAAAGCGAGACUGCAACUGUGAACAAACAGUUUGCUUCAAAUAGUACGAUGGCCCCUCCUCAAACAUCCAUUUCUACAGAUGACUUGCUGGACUGUUUAGUGAAUCCACAAGUUACCAGGAUAGUGGCUCAACUUUUGAUACAAGGAAGAACUUUGUGA